UGACCAUCGUGCUGACCAGUCCAUCUGGUGAUGAGAGUGGGGCAGCGACCCAGCACAGGAGAAAUUAACCUCGAAGACUGUGCAAAACUACGUGGACUCACUGAUACAGAAACGACACGACGCAGAAACUCGAAUUCCUCUCCUACUCAACUUACUUUCUUUCCGGAAUUUUCAGAUAGCACAGCUCCAGGCACCCCUCGCCGUCGCAUUGUCUCUCUGCCGCCCCACCUAGAACGCCAACAUUCCCCCGAAUUUAUAUCGGAGCAAACCGGGAGCACGAAGUUUAUGCUACAACCCGCACGGUUUACACCUAGACAAAGAGAGAGCACAACAACAUCACCAUCUUCAACUUCCUCACUUACAAUCACCCGUCCUACGCCGACCCCAUUUAAUAGCACCGCACAGUCACCAACCACGAAACGACCAACCUCAUCACGAUUCAGCAUGCCCAACGAAAACCCGCGGCCGGUACCACUUUUUAGGGGAGACUAUGGAGACAAAGAGGAACCAACGGAGUGGUUCGCUCAAUUUGAGUUAUCGCUGCCAGAAUCCUGGGACGAUGACAAGAAGGUAGACCGCUUCGAGAUGCAACUAGCGCCAGGAAACUUAGCGGAGGAAUGGUUUCAAGACAACGUUCCCACUAAGUCCAUCACGUUCGCAAGUCUCAAACUCGCAUUCCGAGGGCGCUGGCCACCACCACGACGGCCUAGAUACACACGUGCGCAGCAGAAGGAACGGAUUAUGGCGGAAAUACUGGAGGAAAGUGAUAUAGGGUCAUGGACGGCAGGAAACUAUGGUCAUGUCACCUGGGCAACCAGAGUGUCGCGCCUGGCCUUAGGAAUGGGAGACGUAGAGGGACACCUGAUCGAGUACGUUAUCGAAGGGAUACCAAAUCUCCUGAAAGACCACCUCAAGUGCGACUACAAAAACUGGGACGAGUUCAUAGAAGACGUGCAGACGGUACCAAGUGUGAAGAUUAAGAGGGGACGAGAGGAUUUGGACAAGGAAAGGGCCAGAGACGCAGACAUCGCGAGGUUGAAGGCACAAAGCACACCGUCAAUGGCUGCAUUGCAGCAGCAGUUCGCGCAGAUGGCCACAAGCACCUACCGACCAAACACGUAUCGAGCAGCGUUACGCACUCCCACACCACCCAAUCCACCACCAGUACUCAUGAACAACCCAACAAAUGCUUAUUCGUUUCCAACUGCGCCAACAUUUCCAGUUCGAGGAGGUCUCAACAUGCGAGGAACACCAUUCACGCGUAUGCAACUAACUAGAGCACAGAUUCUAGAAAAACUGUCUGCAAUACCUCAACGAAGCAAUACGGAGAUGGGAGUACGUCAAUACGAAGCAGACGUAGAGUUAUGGCAUCGAACACACGGCACAGAAGGGUUCCCGACCAUAGAACGACCGUAUCCACUCCGCCCAGGAACAGCAAUUCUCGGAUCGGGAGAAUGCUAUAACUGUGGCAUGGUCACAGAACCACCUCACCUCGGAGCGCAGUGUAUAGUCCAGGAACCGUUGAAACCUCAAGAGGCUCGCUGGAGACAACAGGUGGCGGGUCUCCUCAGACGUACAGCUUCACCUAUGAACCGACCAGGCUAUGCAGUCGCGCCAGUGCAAUACGUCGCAUCAGACAUCCACCCAAACUACGGCGCAUAUCGGGCAACAGCGGCAGCUCCAGUAUACACGAUAGCGCAACAUGAGGAGCAAGGAGGGUGGGAUGGACAAGACACUUGGGGCAUGCAGGAAGCGGGGUACGACUGGAUUCCGGAAAACAGCCUGGGACCACUGCCGACAGCGGACCAGCAGUAG